GUCACUGUUACCUUUGACUACCCCCAUAAUAUUUUCCACACCCCCCAAAAAACUCAACCUUUCCUUUCCCUUCUUCUUCUUCUUCUUCUUCAUUCAUUCAUUCAAUCAAAAUCAUUCAUUCAUUCAAUCAAAAGAUAGAUCCUCAUCCAUCAUCCAUCACAAACAACUGAAUGAAUACACCAAAUCCUAACAAACUAGAUCCUUUAUCUCAUCCACUUAAAUCUCUAUCUUUUCUGUUACCAUCUUAAUCUUCUAUAUAUACUUUCUAAUUCAGUUACAAUCUUAUCUUGUAUCCCUCCCUAUAUAAACAACACACUUCUAUCACUUCAAUAUCGAUUCUACUCUGUACUUCCAUGGAUUCCAAUUCAAAAACCUCUAAAAUUCACAACCCUUUUGGUUCAAUACUAAGAAGUUUGUUUUUCAAAGCAUUACUUCUUGCUUCUGCUAUUUCCAUACUUUCUCUACUUUACUCACUACCCAACAUCGAUUUUGGAUCCAUAGCUCCCAAAACCUAUCAUCAUGAUUGUGUUGUUGAUGAUUCAAACAACCUCACUUUCACACCAGGUUCUUACUUAUUCCAGAGUAGGAUCUUAAACACUUUUUGGGGUUCUUUUGAUUCAUUAAAUUGCAAAAAAGAAAUCAACUUGGUAUCAAGUGUUGUUAAAAAAUUAAUGGGUCAGCGACUAUUGUUGAAUUCUGAAGCAGAAUCUCUCUGUAUCGGUGAGUAUUCAGACAUAGCUGUUUCCACAAUGCAGAAACUUGGUUUCUCCAAUGUCAUUAACCAACGUUUUAUAUCAUUCAAUAAGAAGAAUUUUGAUCAAUACCGCGAAUUUUCAUUCGAUUUUGUUUUGGCGAAGGAUUUGGUGAAAGUUUCUGUCCCAGCAUUGCUUGUUUUUGAAGUUGAACGUGUUCUUAAACCGAACGGAACCGGUGCUUUGCUUUUGGAAUUUGACAGUGACGGUGUUUAUUCCAACAAUAACAAUAAUAUUAACAUGAUAAGAAUUGCUUCACAGAUUUCUUCGUUGUUGAGAUUUUCAACUAUUGUUCAUGCUGGUGUUGUCAAUAAUCAUGGCCUUGUUGUUUUCAAGAAAAAAUCAAUCUCAGAAUCAGUAAUUGAAAGUGAAAACAAAAGCUCUUCACUCUAUCAUGAUGAUCUUCCAGAAGAUUGCAAAAGUGUUAACUUUACUAAGCCUUUGAUUAAGCUAAUGGAGCCGCUUGUGAAGGAAAGAUCAUAUGAGAAAAAAACCACUUAUUUGCCAAAGUUUAAGGAUGUUUCUUCUGGCAAGAAGAAUUUGGUUUAUGUUAAUAUUGGUGGAGAGUAUGAUUGGUUUCCAGAAUCUUAUCCAAUUGAUAAGGAAGAUUUCAAUGUUUAUUUUCUUCAUUACAACUUUUCUAUUAUGUUGUCACACGUGAAAGGACCGCGUGUUACAUUUGUUUAUCAUCCAGAAUUGAAUGAAAAUUUAAAGGCUAAUGUCGCGGAUACAGAACAUAUGGAUCAUUAUUUGGGGGAAGAUGAAGAGUUUGAUUUGGUUGCUUGGUUUAAAGAAACUGUGGAGGAUGCUGAUUUUGUUGUGCUUAUGAUGAAUGCUGGGAAAGUUGAAAUGAAGUUUCUUAAGGAUAUAUAUGAAAAUGGGGUUAUAUGUUUUGUUGAUGAGUUGUUUCUCAAUUGCUCAGAAAGUGGAGAUGGUGACAGCUGCAUGGAUAUUUACAAUGGUCUUAGAAGCAAUGGUGUCUUUGUUCAUCAAUGGUGGAAUAAUGAAUUGCAUCAAGGGUCUCAUCAGGGUGAAUGAGAGAAAUUUAUUAUGGUAUUUGAGAGAUUGAUUUUGGUUUUGAGAGUUUUAAUCAUUGCAUUGGUUAUAGAACUCUUUGUUUGAUCAUCUACUAAAUUUUUUUUUUUUUUUCUGUUAUGGAAAAUAGAAUUCUAAUGCAAAUGAUAUAAUAUGAAGCAUAAACAACUUCAUGCUUUGUAUAUGUUUGAGUGAGUAAUUGUAAAUAAAUUUUCAUCAUCAAUUUUUUUUUGCUUGUUUGAUUUUUUUUUCCUUUCAUCAUUAAAUGUUUUGGGGUGUAAUGGCAAGUAAAUUGAAGAUAAGGCAUGUUUGAACUUUGCGUAAAGAUUGUCACUAGUUA